GGGAACUAGCCACGAUGGCAGGGGAAGUGAUGGAAAAGCAAGAUAAUGAUAAAGAUGUAAGCGAAGGAAAGAAAAAGUUGUCUAGUUGGCUUAACAAAAGCAUGAAGGUCAGAAUGACAGAUGGGAGAACUCUUAUUGGGAUAUUCCUUUGUACAGACAAGGACAGAAAUGUUAUAUUAGGUUCAUGUGAAGAGUAUCUGAGGCCACCUGAGAGUAAAGAGAAAGAAGAGCCUCGUAUUUUGGGAUUAGCUAUGAUCCCUGGUCAUCAUGUUGUCAGCAUCUCAAUUGAUAAAUCCCAGCUUCAGGAUCAAGAUAUUCAGUGAGGGAUUACAGCUUGCUUGAGCUGGUACAAAGGCCAAAGCAGAGCUCCGUGCCCUGAAAUACUGAAAAGCGGACUCCAGUCACUCCACCAAAAACACUGACCAGUUAGUAAAAUUUCAGAUUUAAAAAAGUCCAUUUCAACAGUACUGCAUCCCGACAUCUGUGGUCAAUGAAUUGCACUAGUUAAAAAUUCAAUUUACAUAUGUUGUACAUCAUAUAAUAAAUUGUGAAGGAAAAUCACCA